AUGCAAAAAAACACACACGCCUCCCAAUCUAAAAUAUUCCAGAAUCAUUUUUUAUUGUGUUUUUCUUUGGGUUAAUAACUUUUAUGGACAGCUCAUUCCAAAUAAUGGUCUAGAAUCAAGAUGAAUCAAAACACAAACGAAAUAAAAAAGACCGCUAAAACAUACAAUUAUGAUCCAUCACGCACACAUUGUCAACAUUUCAACACUGAUGUGAAAUUCUUGCAAAUUCUAUGUGAAUGUGCGUUCACAGAUCAAACACAGACAUUUCGCGCAAUGUGCCCUUUGACAGUGUGUGAGCUGUCAGAUUUGUAUACAUUCUUGCAUUGUUUUAUUAUCCAGUUGUUGGUUCUAUACGUGUAUUUUUCUUCCAACUUCGCAUAUUCAUGCAAAAUUUGUCGACACCUCAAAAAGUAAUACAAUUUUUGACAAAACCCAACCAAAGGAGGACUGUGAGUGGAAAAGUGGCAUUUUCGUGCAUCUAAUCCGGUUUGCAACGAUAUUUAUCGGAGAAACGAAUGCGUUUUAUCACAAUUGUUGGUCGAUCCCUAAUCAAACCUGAGACAUCGCUAUUUACUUCACUUGCUGGAUGUAAUAUUAAACUUUUUACACGAGAAAUAAGCGCUAAAAGAAGAAAGAUGGAGAAUAAGCCAAACUACGACGUUGUUUUAAGCCAAGAAUCCUUGGAUAUGAUUGUUUCGUACAAAAAUGAUCUGUUCGCCAGCAAAGCAAAGCCGGGCACAUAUUUGAAAAAGGUUUUGGACGCCAGAAAAUCUCUUCUCGAUCAAACAUCUGCUGAGAAAUUCGUGGAAUAUAUGCUGUUGACCAAAAAACCCAAGGUAUAUGCAACCGAAGAGAUUAGAGUGGAUGGCACCGAUUGGAAUGAAACGGAGUUCCAAAUAUUGGGCGAUUUGAACAUUGCGAUGAAUGUCGAGAUUUACGACAAUGGCGUGUGGGAUCCAAAUGAGCCGGCUUUUCGUGUGCACAAUCCACCGUUGAAUGGAGCGUUGUUAUUUACAAAUGGGCCAUUGCUUCGAAGUCGUUCCGUGGUCGGAAUGACUCCAGAUUUAAAACAGAUCAUUUCUGGCGAUGACAUCGAUCAAGAUAAGUAUAACCGGUUGGUUGAGAGAAGAUUGGUGCCCCUACUGUGUUAUGCCAACGAAAAUUCAAAAAAAGACAAUCAACGUGCGUUGGUCACUAUUCCUGGUCUAGGAUGUGGUGUGUUUGCGGGAAAAUUUCUUGGGCAAAUGGGCCAACACUUGAACCAAGCAUUGCAGAAUAUAUUAAAAAAACAUGCGAAAAACUACGAUAACAUCGCUUGCAUCUAUUUUGAUCCACACCGCGAAUGCACCAAUGAAACACAACAAUUUGAUCGUGUGAGUUAUCGCGUUCGACCGGCAUCCCAAAAUAAUGGCCGAUCACAACUGUGCAAGCCGAACGAAUACGAAGAGGAUGGAGACGAUUUUUCCGACUGUAAAUUACAUAAAGUCGUGGCAUGGGAUCACUUGGCCUUUCCUGGGAAUAGCUAUUUUGUGGAGCACAGAUGGACCGACGAUGGUGUUGUUGGGGCGGCUACCAAUUCCAUGAGAGUCAUAACUGGAUCCAAAGGCAUAUACGAUAAUGGUGAUUAUUUUCCACCCGAAGGCUAUGAGAAUUGGAAAGAAGUUGUCGACAAAAAUCAAAUCAUUUUACGCGCUAAGGACAAUGUGAAGGUGGCUACGGCCGAUGGAUUGUUGAUUGAUUUGAAAGAAUAAUUGUGUGAUGAUGAAAUUAUAAACUUUGCUAAUGAACUUUAGAAUUUAAAAAAAAAAUGUUUAUAUUCCAUUAAAAAUACGUUCUUUUAUAUUGCAAAUUUUAUUUUCUUUCAAAUCUUUUGCAAGAAUUUUCAAGGCAUCAACCGGGAAUAAAAUGAGAGCAUCAAACAAAUAAAUAUAUUCAAAACAACCGCCCAAA